AUGACCCCAUCCCAGUGGCUGAAGGCCUUGAGGGCAGUUGCUGGUGUGUUCCCCUCUACGGAGAAGAGAAACCAUGGGGGUGCCGGUGGUGGACCAAAUGGAUGGAAAACAUUGAGAAAGCUGUUCAUGAUGAACGUGCCGAACUGGAAGUCUACUAUUUUGGUGGGCAAAGGGAAAGUGAAGAAUUUCCUGACUGCUGGCAAGGAGCACCUGAGACGUGAAGCUAUCUCAGCUCAAAAGAAGGACUUCAUGCAGUCGCAAGGUUUUCUUGCAGUCGAAGAGGAUCUUGAGCAUCUUCAAAAAGACCCCAGAGGAGACUCCACCUCCCAAUAUUCGCGAGAGGUGCAACGGCUCUUCUUGGCCUCACUUUCAGAGGAAGAUCGCAGCUUCAUGGAAGCAUCAGAAGGUCUUGGGAAUUCACAGAAAGCCGAAGUGGCAUGGCUCGAAAAAAAGGGUUAUGCUUACACCGAAGUAGAUGUAUCCUCUUGGCUUUAUGACUGA